AAAGAAACAAUAAGUGUUAAUAAUAAACCUGCAGCUACGUAACUCUCAGAAGCAUCAAUCAAGACUUUUCUAGAGAGAUGGGAAGAGCUCCAUGCUGCGACAAGGCUAAUGUGAAGAGAGGGCCAUGGUCGCCUGAAGAAGACGCACACCUCAAGGAAUACAUAGAGAAGCAUGGCACUGGUGGCAAUUGGAUUGCUCUCCCAAGCAAAGCUGGUCUGAGGAGAUGCGGGAAAAGCUGCAGGCUGAGAUGGCUCAACUAUCUCAGACCUAACAUCAAGCAUGGUGAGUUUUCAGAUGAAGAAGAUAGAAUCAUUUGCAGUCUUUUUGCUCGCAUCGGAAGCAGAUGGUCAAUAAUAGCAGGCCAGCUACCGGGCAGAACUGACAACGAUAUCAAGAACUACUGGAACACCAAACUCAAGAAGAAACUCCUUGGGAAAACUGCUCCUCAACGACCUCAAAUCAGCUCUUCAUUACCAAUAUCUAACUAUUCACUUCCAGACAAGUCACAAUUUUCAUCAGCAUAUGAUCAAUGUUCUGCCAAAACCAGCAAUCUCAUGACCAAUACCCCUUUCAGGGUUUUCUCCAGAGCAUAUCAUCAUCAGGACCCCAUAUCUUCAGAUUUUAAUCUCCAUCUCCAAGUACAAGAUGGAUCAUGUGUGGGCCCCAUCAGUGGUGGUAAUUACUAUGAUCAAGUGAUCAAAGAUGGUAAUAGCAGCAAUCUCCUAGUGUUUGGAGGGGAAGCCAGCUGCAGUUCAUCUGAUGGGAGUUGCAACACCACCACCCAAAUUACCAUUGGAUAUCCCACUCCUGCUGCUGAUCAUGGCAGAUUCUUGAUCACUACUAAUAACACUUGUGCUGCUGAUGGGAGAGCAGGAAACGGGUGCUUUAGUGAAAAUCCACUUGAUUACAGCAUUGACGAUAUUAAGCAGCUGAUUAGCACUAACAAUAUCUGCAACAACAUCAACCCGUUCAUGGAAACAGCUCAUGAGAUCAAGACCGAAGACAAAGAGUUAAUAAUGUACUACUGAUGUUUGAUGCUGAUCGUUGAGGUUCAAAUCACAAGAUUUCUAGAGUAAGGUGUUGUCAUCUGUCCUUGCAGAUUUCUAUAAAUAGGAUUAGACUCCGAUCAUCACUUCAUUGGAAAAUGGGCUCCUUUUUUUUGGUUUCAAUUCUGACAGUACAUAAUCUCGUCCUUUUGCAUUUAUUUUUGAAACAAUGAUGUCUUGAAGAACUCAUGUCUGUAGAAUUUGAUGGAAACUAGAGAUUAUAACAUCCUCCAGCUGAAAUCAAGAAAUCAGAAUUCAAUCAAUGCUGAGAGAUGCCGCCGCCUCAUACCCGACUAUUUAAAUUCAAGCCCUCUGAUCAUCUGUUAUACUAAUUAAGUAAUUAUAAAAGUGGAUUUGUAUACAUGAUUAAGAACCUGUAUAUAUGUGUACAGGGGCUACGUUCUUCAUAUUUUGAAUAUUUGUUUUUUUUUGUUAGCUUUUCUGACAUAUAUAUUUCGUGUAUUUACGACCAGCUGUAUUAAUUGUUUAAUAAUUGAGAUGCCAUGAAUCUUAAAA